UCGUAAAUCCCCAAUCCUAAGAAUUAUCCAAAAACAAAAUCCCUUUCUGUUCAUCUUCGUCUUCAGGGUAGCAAAUAUGGAAGCUUUUGAAAAGCCAACAAAAUCCCUUUCUGGGGAUAAGUCUUUCGACCAAGCUGCUAAUGAAGGUUCUAAAGCUUCCGAGUUUACUGUCGGAAAGCCAUGGGAAAAUGGUUUUAGGGUUUCUAUAAAUGGAAAGGAAGUUUCUUGUGUUGGUGAAGAUGUCGAGGUGCUUGAGGAUUCUGAAAUGAAUGGGGUUUCUUCUUUGUUACAAAUGAAAGAAAGUGUUAGGAACAUUGGUGUUAAUGAUGGAAGAUGUGAGAGAAAUGAAGGAUUUGGCACUCUUUUGGGUGCUGUUGAUCAAAGUAAAGAAAUUGUAUUGCCAAAUGGUGGUGGUGAUGAUGAUGAAACUGCGAAAUUCGAUCAGAAAGACAAUGGUGGUAAGAUCAUAAUGAACGGAAUAGAUGAUGAUGAUUGUGGAGGAGGUGAGAUUUCUGCUGGUUAUUUUGUAUGGGGUAAGAUUAAGAAUCAUCCAUGGUGGCCGGGACAGGUUUAUACUCCAACUGAUGCCUCGGAUUAUGCGGUUAAGCUUCGACAGAAGGGAAGACUCCUUGUUGCAUAUUUCGGUGAUUGUUCAUUUGCAUGGUGCCAUCCGUCUCGGUUGAAGCCUUUCAAAGAGAAUUUUGAGGACAUGUCGAAGUUGAGUAGCUCCAAUAACUUUGUCAAUGCUGUACACGCUUCAGUUGAUGAAAUCGGAAGACUGGUGGAGUCGAAGAUGACUUGCUCUUGUGUUCUGAAGGAGAAUUGUGUCGGACUCAACCGACCUCUAUCAGAGAACGCCGGGAUUAAGGAAGGAGUUCUUGUGCCUGAAGGCGGAAUUGAAAAGGUUUCGAUUGGUCUAUUUGAGCCGAAAGAAGUUCUUGGUAAAUUGAAACAAAUUUCACGGGCUGUUUCAAUGAGUAAUUUGCUUGAAUGUGCAGUGUUGAGCGGUUGGCUUUCGGCUUAUAAUCGAUCAAUGGGGCACCCUCGAAUGCAGGGGGACCUUGAACCGCAAUUGAUUCCGGACAUUGAAGAAAAUGUUAAAACUCUUGUGGUGGAUAUGAGUGAUUGUAAUGAGGCAGUGGGAGUCCCAAUCACAAGGCCAGUGGAAGAAGUUUGGAUUUCUUCUGCUUCUGGUCUGAAAUCUGGCCAAGACAGUCGGACUUUCUCAAGGCAUCCAGAGAUUUCAGAGGAUGCAAUGCAUGACAGUAGGAAACAGAGAAGCAUUGCUGAAAUCUUAAAAGCUGAUAUAGGUGUUCAGGAUCAUAAGGUAACAAAGUCUGAUGAACGAGCAUCAAGGAAAAAGACAAAAGGCAAUGAUAAAGCUAAUGGUGAUGAUGGUAGUAAUUCGAGUUUCAUACCGGAAAAGGGGAAAGGAACUGAGCUUUCAGGAUCUCAUGCUGAAACUGAUGUCAAUGGAGCCAAUGUAGAAAUGGAUAAGGGUUAUUCAUCCAGAGGAAGGAAAACGAAGAUUAAACAAGCAAGCAAUAAUAACGGUGAUAAUCGAGGUAACGAUUAUAUCAAUACUGUCUCAGCUAAAAGGAAAGUGUACUUUGAUCCUAGGAUAAGUAGGAAUGACUCUUUUUCAAGAGAGAGGAAGAAAAGCAAGUACUUGUCUCCUCCGUACACAAGUUCAACGGGGAAGCUGAAGAGAUCGGACAUAGAGAAUGAAUCGAUAGAUGUUUCCAAUGACACCCGGUUCAGAGAGAUGAUGACUAAAGCUACUGGCAAUCUUGGCGAAAAGAAUGCUCUCUCUGAAGAAGUUCACACGGAGCAAGAAACAUCGAAUGGAUCAAGUUCUUCCACACCAAAUCAGUACCCUGACCGGAUUAGUGAUCUGGCAAAAGAUGAAAUUUCGGCUAAUGAAGUUCUAGUUGCAGUCCGGUCUAUAGCUCUUAGUCCACAAUACCAAAGGAAAACGAGAUCUUUCGAACUUACUGUGAAGUUUUUAUCUGUAUUCAGAAGCUCGGUUUACCGAGAUGGAUUUGACUGCAAAACGUAUAUUCGGUUCCAACAUGGUAAAAAGAGAAAAUCUCCCGACUUCCCCAUUGUGUCAUUAGGAAGUGAUGCGCCCACGGAUGGUCAGAUUCCCUCUGGACAUAGAUCCCAGAAGAAAAAAGUUGGAAAGAAAAAAGAAACAGAGAUGGAUCGAACCAAGCCAAAGCAAAAUGCCACAGCUGCAGUUCUGAAGAAAAACGACAAGGACGCUGAUGGAAAUGAUUUACCGGCUUCCCUCUUCAUGACAUUCGACCUCGGAUCCUCGUUGCCCAAAAAAGACGAUCUUAUCCGAAUAUACAGCAGAUAUGGAACUUUGGACAUGGAGGACACCAAUGUGUUCGACAAUAAUUUCUGUGCUCGUGUCGUCUUCUUAAGAACCUCCGAUGCAGAAGAAGCCUUAAGCAGUUCACAAAAUGACAGUCCUUUCGGAUCUGCUAAUGUCAGUUUCCGGCUUCGACUUCACCAGGCUGCAUCAGGUCAAAACCAAAAGGAAACACCGAGUGCCAAAAUGUCUUCUCCUCUAGCAAAGGAAGGAACUGAAAGAUUGAGCGAGUCAUCAGCUCCCGGAAAUUUGCAGCUUAGCCACAUGAAGCAGAAGCUCGAAAUGCUGACAUCGAUGCUGCAGAUGGCAGAUGAAAAGAUGUCAUCAGAGACUAAAUCCAAACUACAAAGCGAGAUAAAAGGGCUCUUGGAGGUGGUAAACACAAUGAUUGAAUCUACAUCUUAAACAAA